AUGACUUCAUUCAAAGAAGCACAAGCUAAAGGCCUUAGAUGGCCUGAAGGACCUGAUGAUCUUUGUCCAUCAAAGAUAGAAAACACUUAUCUCUAUGGAGGUGGCCGUACAAGAAAGUUUAAAAUCUUAUUAGCAGAAAUCUCAAUAGCAUGGGGAGCGUUCAAUGUUGCUCUUGACAAGUAUCUUCUCAAGAAUAGACACAAUGUGAAGAAUAAUUUCUUUUUAGAAAGAACAAUGAUUUGGUCCUCCAGAUAUUAUCUCCCAUGCAUGCUUGUACUUUGGGGCUUUAUCCCUAUUAGUCAAGCUACCUAUUGGUGGGUUCUUUGGGUUUCUGUAGGAGCUAAGCCAAAUGUUUCUCGUGACCCAGUGCCUAAAUGGAAACCAGGUGAAAAUCCAUUUUAUGAUAAGGCUGAAGAAGAUUAA